GUUUCCUGAAAACUGGUGACGCAUUUUUAUAAUAAUGACGCCGUGCUAAUGUUAGCAUUGUUGCAAAGGCUCCGCUGAAAAAAAAAGAAAAAAAAACUAAUGCUAACGCUAACCCGUUAGCCACGCUAGCUGGCUAACAGAGGGCGCCACAUUUGAAAACAUGUCAACUAAACGAAGGUGAGAUGAACACCUCUGCCCUUGGCCAGGCGGCUCCCCUCUUCCCCAACCUGGAAGUUGGGGCUGGGAGGCCUGCAACCUCGCUGGGGGGCUCUGCCGGGCCGGGAGGGUCAGAGAUGGAGCUUCAGAAGAUGCUCCUUGACGAGAGGAUGAGAUGUGAGAACCACAAAACCAACUACCAGACCCUGAAGGCUGAACACACCAGGCUGCAGGAAGAGUUUACGCGGGCGCAGGGUGAGCUGAGACGCCAGCAAAGUGACAAACAGAGUCAGCAGGAGAAGCUGCAGCUGUUGCUGGCUGAGCUCAGAGGAGAGCUCCUGGACAAGACCAGAGAGGUGGAGGAGCUGCGACUGCAGGUGAUGACUCCUCAACGGUUGGAGCUGCUACGAGCUCAGGUGCAGCAGGAGAUGGAGGCUCCGGUCAGAGAGCGCUUCAACAAGCUGGAAGAGGAGACGGAGAAGUACAGAGUGGAGUACAACAAGCUGCGGUAUGAAUACACCUUCCUCAAGUCCCAGUUUGACCAUCAAAGAGAGGAGACUGCACGCGUUAUGGAAGAGAGAAAGAUCCGCUUCGAGGCUGAGGUCUCUCGUCUAGAGAAGGACCGGGAGGAUCUGGUGGCCCAUUACCAGGGCUCCGACCCAAACCGCGAUGGGAAGCGCGUGGAGGCCCUCUUGAGGGAGAAGGCUCAGCUCCACCUCCGUCUGAAGGGCUUGGAGGCCGAGGUGGCUGAGCUCUGUGCCCAGAAGGACAACUCUGGCCAACAGGCCGAGAACGUGCAACGCAUCCAGGUCCGCCAGCUGGCCGAGUCCCAGUCAGCCCUUAAGUCUCUGGAGGCAGAGCGGCAGUCUUUGCGUCUCCAACUGGAGCGAAUGGAGAGCGAGCUGAACCUCAGCCACGAGCAGAACACCCAGCUGACCGGACGGCUGCACAAGGCCGAGCGAGAGGUCAACUCUCUCAGCUGCCAGGUGGAGAACAUGAAGCACUCACAUAAGCUGGAGGUGGCCAAUGUGAAGCUGGAGUGUGCCAAGUCUAAAGGGGAGAGAGAGCGAGAGAGAGACAUGCUGCAGGAUCAAAUUGAUGGUCUGCAAACUGAUGUGGAGGUGCUGAAGGGGACGGUGGAGAAGCAGAAAGAGAUGCUGGCUGAGAAAGAGAGGGAGUUGGUUCGGAGGGUGCAGGCUGCCCGUGAGGAGGAGCUCCACACAACAACUGCUCUGCAUGAGGAGAAGUUGGAGUUGGAGAACCGCCUGGCAGAGCUUGAGCAGCAGAGGGCGCUGAAGGAGGCUGCUGGCCACGCCCAGAUGGAGGAGUGGGAGGAGCGUCUCCGUAGCGUCCAGUUGGGGGAGGAGUCAGCCCGCAAGGAACUACAGAGUCUGAGGGCCAAAUUACAGCAGCAGAACUCCCAGUUAGAGGAACUUGAGAGACAGAAGGCAGAGAUAGAGGACCUGAAGCAGCAGAACCAGGACCUGGGUGUCCAGCUGGGGGUGUUAUCACACUCUGAGAGAGACCUGCUGGAAACCAGCCAGCGUCAGAGGGAGACCCUGGACAGGGUGCGCGAGGAGCUGAGGAUGGCCAGGAGUCAAGCUGAGAGGAGCCAACACGAGGCUGAAAGGCUGGUGGAGGAUCAGCGGGUGGAGUGGCUAGAAGAGAAGCACCAGCUUCAGCAGCGAGAUGCUGAGCUGCAUAAGAAAUACAGCCAGGCUAAGGAGAAGCUGCAGAGGGCAGCACUGGCCCAGAAAAAGAGAAAAACCCUGACAGAGAACAAGGAAAAGAGGCUGCAGGAUAAGAUUCAGCUGCUGGAGGCCAAGAUAGCAGAGCUCGAGUUGGACGUCAGCACAGCCAAGAAACGUCCGUCGUUCUCUGCGGAGCAUGCCCAACUCGGCAGGCGUUUGAAGGAGCUCCAGAGGAGACACAGUGAGUUCCAGCGCCUCUUGCUGGGCAGCCAGGUGCCCUUCGCCAUAGGCCCCGCUCCCCUCACCUCCUCGUCUGCCCCCCUCCUUGGGUCCGGGGGACCUUUAUCCAACAUACUUGAGGAGCAGCACCACAGGGAGCUGUCUCUGCUGCAUCGGAGGCUGGGGGAGCUGGAGAGCAUCCAGCAGCAGCAGCUAGAGGAGCUGGGGCCUCCUGUACAGAGAGACUGGGACUCCACGCUCUCCCCUACUCAAACCUGACCUUUUACAACCCUUCCACCAAAAACAAAGCGGCUCUCGGCAGCCCAGCUGGACUGACUCUACGUGGUGCCGGGUAAUUUUAAACACUUUCGUCCAGGCACCGGCUUCCUCAGGUUUUUAAGUCUGCGUUAAAACAUUUUUAUGAAAUAUUUACACUAUGGCUAUCAUUAGUCUUGCAAAGCCCUCCUCUCAAAAAGGGUUAUAUGCGAGAAUUUUAUAUUUGAGGUAAUUUGGAUAUUUUUUUUAAAUUGUAUUUACAUUUGUUCAGGUUCAUCCAUCCUGAACAUGCAACUCCUACUAGCCAGAAACAUCACAAUGCAAGUCAGUAGGGACAGUCGGAUAGUACAGUUCAAAAAGUAUUCUGCCCAAACCCCACAUAAUGCUACAGCAGUCUAUCAAUGGGUUUGAGCGGUUACUUAAAAAAUGUUUUAUUGCUAAGUCCUGCAUCGACUACCAGCGAGUGUCACUUCUCUGCACACAGCAAAGAACACAGGUCCAGCAAACGCUUAGGGAUUCAUCAAUAAAACCACUUUUAACAUUUUGAAAUAGCUGCUCAACUUCGUCAUGAUAGACUGCCCUAGUGUUUUGUUGGCUUUGAGUGAACUACGGAGUGCUUUUUUAACUUAACUGGAAUUGCGAUGUACCUAGCUAGCAGGAGCAGUAUGAAAUACUGGAUGGAAAAUGAAAUCUACCAAACAUUACCUAACCCUCUGAUGAUGUGACAACUGUAAAUUGCACUUUAAUGUCAUAAUAUGGUGCUGUUUGAAUUGUUUUAAGGACUAAAAACAACACUUGAAGAUUUUGUCCUUGUAUGUGUAGAAUCAAGCAAAGUUGAAUUGACAGAAACUUUCAUCACUCAUCUAAAUGACCUCUUCAGUCUCAACUGACUGCAGGUGUCCAAACAACACAGUUGCAUAACGACCGAAACCAACGAUCAGUUUCAUAUGCAGAUAGGCGUGACCAUUAAUUAGACUUUCAGUUGCCAUGUGUACUACUCACAGAGGUUUUGGGAAUGUUUGCAAUCACAGCAUUGUAAGAUGGCGACAGAUGUACUCUUAGGCCUCCCCCUCGGUUCAGGGAGGGUCGUUCCCUAUUCAUAGAUGGCCUCUUUGACCCUGUGGCCAUCUUACAAUGGCAAACGUUCCCAAAUCCUGUGACUA